AUGCCUUCGGUGGCUGCACUGCUGCUUGUCAACAUGCUGGGCGGGAUCACAUGUGCCAGCCCUCAAGCGGCCCCCAAGAAGCAGAAGCUGGCGUUGUGCGCGCCCGUCAAGGCUUUGACCAAGUCGUGCUCAUCCAAGGCCGGCCCGACCGCCCUUAUGGAUCAGUUGUGCAGCGAGCUGCUGGCACCCGCCAACGCAACCGCCGACAGCAAGGACCCCAUGAAGCUGCACUAUGGCUGCGGCGUGGCUACCACCGCACAGGUCAACAGAGUUUCGGGUGACCUGGCAGCGCUCGAGCCCAAGAUCACCGCCGCCGCCGCCCAGGUCAGCUCUGUACACGCCACCGUCGUUCAGGGAAGCAACCAGACGGCCGCGCUGCGCGCCCAGGUGGUUGAGCUCACAGCAGCCGCCGCGGCGCUCAGCGCCCUUGUGCAGCAGCUGCAAGCAAAUGCAGCCGAACCCACCGGCACCGGCACCAUCAUCGCUCAGGAGCUAGCUGCCCUUGCAGCGGCCGACACGCACACCGCCCAGAAGCUGGCCCUGCUGGCUGCGGCAAACCAGACCGCAGCCCAGGACAUCGCGGCGCUCAAGGCUGCGAAGCAGCAGUGCACCUGCGGCCCGGAGCUGUUUGCCGUCGACACCACCCUGACCGCCAUCAAGGCAGCCCAGACGGCGAACGCGGCCGCAGUGUCGCUGGCCAACGCCACUGUGGAGUCCGUGAAGGCCACAAUCACCAUAAACGCGGCAGCCACCGCAUCGUUUAACACCAGCCUCACUUCCCUGGCAGCCGAUGUCGUCAACGUGUCUGCCACCGUGUCUGCCACUUUGUCUGCCAUCAACUUCACCAUCUAUGCAAAAACCGACGACCUGGCCAACAUCAACGCAGAACGGUAA